CCCAUCGCGUGUCCCGUCGCAAAUAGUUAUGGCAGGUGCCACGAGCCUCUCUGUUCGGAAAGUAACCGACUGUUGUGUGAUCGGACUCGAGCACUUUGCUGUUGGAGAAGAGGAGUUUUUCCAGAUCAGGACUGAAUGGUCUGAUAAAAGCAUAAGGUACUUACGAAGGCGAUUUCUCGAUCUGGUAAAACUUGCGACUAGUUUGGAGAAGUUGUUUUCAGAGGACAGCGGGAGUUUGACUCAAUCCCCAACCCAUUCUCACCUGACGCUUAAGGCACUGCAGAAGAUAAUAGACGCAGAGCAACCCUGUGACAUUGAAAACAAGCUGGAUGAAGUGGAAACAUUAUUAAAAACUAUAAUCAAAAUGCCACCAAAGUACUCUCAGUGUAAAGCAGUUCUUACAUUUUUCAAGACUACCCCUUUGGACUACACUUUAAAAAACAUGUUUGAUCCAAUCCAGCCCUUCUACCAGAGUCCUGUAACUGUAGCUGAUGUCAGGAGGGCCAAUGGGUUUUGUUUGGCGAAUACAGAGACUGUUCUUUUUGAUCCAUAUAUGUUGGAGAAAGGAGUCAAACCAUCUAAAUCUUGCAUCUCUGAGACGGAGGCCCAGAUAUGGACAGGAACAACAUGUGAAAAUGGGAUCAGACCUGACAAAGAAUUUGUGCACACACCUUACUUCAUGAGCUCAGUUCUGACUACUGUUGCCACUGAAAAUAAAGAAGAUGACUAUCACCCUAAAAAAACAGAGUUUACCACCAACAACAUCACCAGCCUCCACUUACAUGCCUGCGAGACUGACAUCCUUGAAUGACUUGAACUGAUAGUAUAUAUUAAGGACCCUGAUAUAUCUGAAAGCCCUUUGAGUUUAUGCUUAACUCUCCUGUUCUGAAUUAGACUGACUUUAAGAAUAAGCUGUUUUCAAUAUUAAAACUAUAAAGGAUUUAUAAUUUAAUAAUACGUAUGAUUUAUUAAAAAAAUAUUUUUUAAAGAUCAGAAUUACAUAUUCAAUAUGUAAAUGAAAAAAAUGGAGGCUAUUUUAUAUUAAUGCACUAAAAAAAGUUCGUUUGACUUAAAAAAGUAAAUUGUAAAAAAAAGUAAAAAUUAUAAAUUGAGUUAAUUCUUAAACUUAAAAAUAUUAGUUGUCCGAACAUUCUUUACACAACCAUGUAACUUACUUUUUAAGUUGAACCAACAAAUCAUUUUUAUAGUGUAUUUUUUGUAGUUUUAUUAUACAUAGUUGUAGGUUUUAAACAAGUUUUGUUUUUAUUUUUAUAUGUUCUAAUUUAAUAACAUAACAUUAUAAGUCAUGUGAAAAGUUCCCCAUGCACUGUAAAAUAAUUCUAUCAAAUCAACAUUUAUUUUUGUUAGCUUAACUUUAGUAAAUUAAGUUAAACAAUUUAAACUUAUUUUUAUAAGUUAUGUCAACUUAUCACAAGUCAAAACUUAAAAUAGUACCUUGAAUUGACUUGCAAAACAAAGUUUCUAACUUCAUGCUGUAUUUUUUUAAAGUUUACAAUGUUUUUAGUUAACUCAAUACAAAUUUUGCUUUAUACAAGUCAACACUACCAUAAACAGCUGAGUUGUAAUAAAAACAGAUAAAUAUAUCUAUGUCUAUGAAAGUAGACCAAGGCCCUGUCCCAAAUGGCACACUCCGGACUUGUGGACUUCCUCAGGGUCCACACUUUGAUGACAUCAUGUAGUGCAGACUUUAGGGAUCCUUGACGCGAGUCCACGAGGAUUCUCCGGAGUUGUAUUUUGGGACAGCCUCGGGCGUCACGCUGAAAAUCGGAAGAAAAGUUGCCCAUCAAUGUGAACUCCGGACUUGUGGACUUCCUCAGAGUCCACACUUUGAUGACAUCAUGUAGUGCAGACCUUAUAGGGACCCUUGACGCGAGUCCACAAGGGUGCAUUGUAGUCAUACAUGUGGAACAGACUCUGCGUCACGCCGGGAAUAUGAAGAGAUUGAUCUGAUUGGUCUGAUUGCUCUUUUGCAAUGACGUCUGGGUUGAUAAAGUGUGUGGAGCCUGCAGCAGUGCGGUCUUCGCCGAAGACCACAUCAAGGGUGCAAAGGGGGCACUAAUGAGCAUACUUCGAGCGUAAAAAUGACAGAUGGGACACCCUACGGACUCAUAGACUAAGCGAGUACGCACAAUUUAAGGCCACGAGACUGAAAGUCCACAUGAAGUGCACCAUUUGGGCCACCUGAACUGUGUUCAGUUCUGUCAUUAUCCUCACCUGCCAUCAAUCAUCAUCAUCAUGUCUUUGUCUGUUCUCCCCAUUGUUGUCCGUUAUUGUCAAAUGUUGCUGUAGUGUUGAUCAGUCAUUUGUUUAUUAAAAGUAAUUGUUUAAUGA